AUGCCCUCAGGCAGAAACACCUCCCACUCUGUGAGUUACUUCAUCCUCUUAGGCUUCCUUUCCAGCAGAGAAAUGCAGUUCUUCCUUUUCUCCAUAUUCUUUAUGAUUUACAUUUUGACUUUGCUUGGAAAUAUGGCAAUUGUAUUUGUGGUGCACUGGGAUCACCGGCUCCACACCCCCAUGUACAUCCUGCUGGCCAACUUCUCCUUCCUAGAGAUCUGCUAUGUCAACUCUGAUGUGCCCAACAUGCUGGCCAACCUCCUCUCCAAAACCAAAACCAUCUCUUUCACGCGAUGCUUACUCCAGUUGUACUUCUUCUUCUCCUUGGGCACCACCGAAUGCUUAUUUCUGUCUAUCAUGGCCUACGACAGGUUCCUGGCAAUCUGUCGCCCACUGCACUACCCCACUGUCAUGACCAUUAGGUUCUGUGGUAGCCUGGUCAUAUUUUGUUGGGUGUACGGGUUCCUUUGGUUUCUUAUCCCAGUGAAACUCGUCACUCAGCUGCCAUUUUGUGGCCCAAAUGUGAUUGAUGACUUUCUUUGUGACCUCGGUCCCUUGCUGGACCUAGCUGCACUCUGUGCCCCGGUCUCAGGCACUGUUCUCAUCUGUGGCACUAUGAGCUCCCUCCUCAUCUUUGCCACCUUUUUUUACAUUAUUGGUUCAUAUGCCUUAGUGCUGAGGGCUGUGAUACAGAUGCCCUCUGCUGCUGGCUCAAAGAAGGCUUUCUCCACCUGUUCAUCACACCUGGCUGUGGUAACUCUAUUUUAUGGCUCAGUCAUGAUAACAUAUGUAAGUCCAGGUUCAGGUCAAGCAAAGGGCAUGCAAAAGUUCACAACUCUGUUCUACUCGGUUUUGACUCCUUUCUUCAACCCCAUGAUCUACAGCCUCCGAAAUAAAGAAAUGAAAGACGCCUUGAAAAAAGUUAUAGGAGGUUCCUAG